AUGUGCAUUGAGGAAUGGAUUGCAGCUGUUAAAUCAUACUUCUCAGUAUGCAAAAUUCCGGACGAGGACAAAGUUGAAUUAAUCAGACAACAUGUGAAAGGAGAGGCCAAGGUUACUGUUAAACUGAGAGUCAAAGAUGAUGAAACUGACAUUGUAAAAGUCUUCAAGAUGCUAGAAGAAGUUUAUGGCGAUAAAGUUCCAGUGGGCAUUAGGCUGAGGGAAUUUUAUGACCGGAAACAAGCAGCAAGUGAGCGGAUACGAGCUUACGGGUACGACUUAGAGGAGAAACUUCGCCGUCUAAAGCGUCGUGACUCAAAAUGCAUCUCAGACCCUAAUGCCAUGUUAAAAGAGCAGUUUGUCCUUGGCCUCAAAGAUGAUAACCUUAGAAGAGAAAUAAAGAGACAGGCCAAAGGGCAGCCAGAGCUAACAUUUCAUGAAUUAAUGAAAGCAGCAAUUGAUUGGUCGGAGGAGGAGGAGGCCUCCCAAACCACACGUGACAAAAGCCAUACUCGCAGUGCUGUAAAUAGUGUAGCCACUGAAGACACGUCUCCAGCCUUGACUUUACAGUCUUUACAUGAAGCAAUCCAGAAAUUAGCUGUGAGACAGGAAGAACUUUAUCGGGUCGUACAGAGGCCUGAAAAGCAUGUCACUGGUAAGCCAAGACAGCAAAGACCCCCGCAGAGGGACGAGUUGGGACAGCUGAUAUGCUACACCUGUGGGGAGCCAGGACACAUAAGCAGGGAAUGCCGAAAGGGCCAACAGAAACGGCGCCAAGCUAAUGCUAUCGUAUCGGAUGUGUCUGUUGACGAUCAAGAUGGCCAGGCUGAGGGAGCUAUCAGAACAGCAACCGUGGGGCCUAUCAAUCCAGUAUCUGUACUCAUGACUGAACAGAGAGCUGCACCGAUGGGCGCAUUUGGCAACUGUUUCACGGUUGAUGUUAUCAUAGAUGGUGUUAAGACAUGCUGCUUGCUUGACACAGGCUCAGAAGUAACCACGAUGUCUGAAGACCACUUCAAAAAGCACUUUAGAGGAAAGGCAUUGUCCCCGGCAAAGUGGGUUAAGCUGACAGCGGCCAAUGGGCUAGAUAUUCCAGUUUUGGGGUGCUUGUACACAGAGGUUGAGUGCUUUGGAAAAAAAUUAGCCGAUAAGUGCGUGUUCGUGCUGCGAGAUGACACGACCAGGGGGAAGGUGUCUAGCCAGGCGCCAGGCAUAUUAGGCAUGAACAUCCUUUGUGACCUGCGCAGUCUUUUCAAUGACAUGCACGGAGUACAGGCGAUGGAUCGCCACAAGCAGUCUUCUGGAGUGGGAAAUCUGCACCGCGUGUUUGUACAGAUGGCAAAGGAAGAACAGUUUGUUGGCCCCAAAGGCGAGAUCGGCUAUGUUAAGGUGGCUGGUCGUCAGGCAGUCGUGGUACCCCCACGAAGUGAAGUAGUCAUUGAGGGCCGCUGCAGAAUUCCCCCAAAAAUGCACAGCCAGGUGUUAGUUGAGGCUUCCCCAACUAUCAGCAUGCCCCAUGGACUGUUAGUUGCAAAUGUCCUGACCCACACAGUAAAGGGAAAGGUGUCAGUGCGCCUUCUCAAUGCACGUCAAGAGCCCGUUGUGCUGCCCCCUAGAUUGAGAAUUGCAGAGCUUAGCAGGCCAGAGAAGGUUCUCCCAAAGGACAUGCUCAUGUUUGAGGAGGCUGAGGGGGAGGUCCAUGUUAGAACGCUGGAGGGUGAGACUGCAUCUGAGAAUCACCACCCUAGGAUGCUAGCAGUGCCUGUCCAAGCCAAUGUACUGGGUCUCACACCCUUGGAGGUUUCUCAACUCAACGAGUUAUUACAGAAGUAUGGUGAUGUUUUCUCAAAGGGAGAGGGAGAUUAUGGAUACACUACAACGGUGAAGCACGAGGUUCAUACAGGUGAUGCCCAUCCCAUUAAGCAGCGACACCGGAGGAUUCCACCUCAUGUCUUUCAAGAGGUGAAACGGCAUGUGCAAGACCUUGUUUCACAAGGCAUCUUGAGAGAAAGUUGUAGCCCAUGGGCUAGUCCGGCAGUCAUUGUUAUGAAACGUGAUGGGUCCGUUCGAUUUUGCUGCGACUAUAGAAAAUUAAAUAGUGUAACCCAUAAAGAUGCAUAUCCUCUACCAAGAGUUGAGGAGUCUCUGGAUGCACUGGGACAAGCACGACUAUUUUCAUCACUAGAUCUGACUUCUGGAUAUUUCCAGGUGGCUGUUGAAGAGAAAGACCAGGAAAAGACAGCAGUGACCACACCUUUUGGACUGUUCCAGUGGACGCGCAUGCCCUUUGGGCUAUGCAACGCCCCAACCUUUUCAGCCUUUAUGGAGUCAGUCCUGGGUGAUCUAGCGUUUGAUGUCCUGCUCGUGUACUUAGAUGAUGUCCUGGUAUUUUCUAAAGAUUUCAAAAGUCACUUGGAAAGACUGGACUUGGUGUUCAGCCGGCUUCGCGGACCAUGGAUUGAAGCUGAAUCCAAAAAAGUGUUUCCUGCUCAGACCUGA